AUGGCAGCUCUAUCACCCAGCGGCAAGCGUGCUCUCGAUAACUUCAUCAAAGAGUCUGUUGAGGGAGGCAAAGUUCCUGGUUUCGUAUUGGGUGUCUCCAACCUCGAUGAAGAAAUAUACUUUCAAGGCGGUGGUCCGAACAUCAUAGGCGACCCAACGAGUGGAGAGGUCAAUCCUGACAGUGUGUUUUGGAUUUGCAGUCAGACAAAGAUGAUUGCUUCGCUAGCUGUGUUGAAGCUCAUCGACCAGGGCAGGCUCUCUCUGGAUACCCCGAUGGGAGACCACAUUCCGGAGUUCCAAAAUCCCGUCAUUGUGGACAGGACUUCAACGCAGAAGACGAGCUUUCGCCCAGCAAAGACCGUUGUUACUGUGAAGCACGUUCUCAACUUUUCCGCCGGCCUAUUCUAUCCUGUUGUACGCGAGGGUCUUAAUGGUCUUCCCGUUGGAUACACCUCGAAAGACGUCCAUGUUGCCCCAGAUCCGGUUCAGCACUUCUUCCGCAUCAUCAUUGGUGAAUUACCAGCUCUUCCACUAAAAUUCGAGCCUGGAACCAAUUUUGUCUACGGGUGGAGUGCUGACAUGCUUGGUAUUCUCGUGGAGAAGGUUUCAAGUCAAACUCUUGAGCAAUUUUGCAAGGAGCACAUAUUUGAGCCUCUUGACAUGAAAACGUCCUUCUACUUGACUCCAGAUCUGCGCCAACGACUUGUCAAUCUUGCCUUCCGCGACGAGAACGGGAAUCUCCAUCCAUGGACUGAGCAGGUGCCGAUCAUGGAACAAGACGAGCGCAAAGUCGGAUUUCAUCUCGGGGGUGUCGGGCUUUACUCAUCGACGCGGGACUACCUCAAACUCCUCCGUCAUCUGAUGCAGAUCAACGCUGGACGGCCUGUGACGAAGCCUCUCUGGAAAACGGAAACGAUUCAGAGCAUAUUCGUUCCUGCACUGACAGAGAAGGGGUCCAAGUCGCUUUCCGACUUUGUCAUGGCCCCUGGCACUCAAUGGGGUACGGCCCUCGCCAUCUGCACGCAAGACUGGCCGAGACGCCGAAGAAAGGGUUCUGCGUUCUGGAGUGGAUGGGCCGGAACAGCUCACUUUAUGGAUCCAGCGAGUGGAAUCGCUGUCGUUUUCGGCAUCCAGGUUGCACCAGCAGGAGACAUUGAAGCACAGAAGCUGUGGAUGAAGCUAGAGGCGCUGAUUUACGCUGCAUUGGAGAGUGGAUUUAUGAAGCUUUGA